AUGUCACGCUGGCUACGUUUCGCGUUACGUGUAAGGGCUAUGCGUUAUACUGCAGCAGCAACAACUACAGUAGCAGCAACAGGUAUUGCACUGCAGGCGGGAUAUACACGUUGGCAGAGUGGACGUGUGGGUCUGGUUCCGGAGGAGGAUAUCGUUGUGAGCCGACGACAGGAUAUUGCACCAGAUCGUGAGUUCACAAAACGGGAGCAGCGAUUCCUGGAUUUUGCAUCGGUGGAAUACGACGACGUCAUUUAUAUGACACCCAAUGAUUUCCUCGAUUCGCUGGUACUUGAUAUGCCAAGAGGUGAGCCCAUUCAUCGAUAA